AUUGACAGCAUAUCAAACACAGCACUUCUCGAGUGAUUCUAAGCAAACACCUUGUUUUCUUCUGAUUUGAACCAGCAGUCUUCCAUUCGUGUUUGAAGUUCUUAAAGUGAUCAGUAUCUAAAAUGGCAAUCGGUCUCUCCAGUGUUUCUCAUGUUAAGAGGGUUCUCCAGCGUUCACUUUCUUUCGGCGGAGAAGGAAUGUAUUCGAAACCCCCGAAAGGCCAACUUGCAGUUUAUGUUGGCAAGGAAGAGAGGAAGAGAUAUAUGGUGCCGAUAUCAUACCUGAACCACCCUUUGUUCCAGGACUUGCUCAGUAGAGCAGAGGAGGAAUUCGGGUACGACCAUCCCAUGGGCGGACUCUCUAUUCCCUGCACAGAGGAGACAUUUGUCGACCUCAUUUCUCAGUUGAGUCUGAGAUGAGAGGUGCAAACAAACUAAAAACAAUUUUGUACACUGAGAUCCCAAAAAUUGCUUGUACAGUCAUGUUCUUUUUUCUUGUAAUCGAACAGUUUCAUGAUUGAAAUGAUACCCGUUUCAAGUACAUCAUCUGUUCUUUCCUGCUUUUCGACCAUUGCGUUGAAUUUCCUUUGGUCUUAAGCCAGUGUUAUAAUUCGAAUACUGUCAGAAUUGGUACAAAAAGCAUCAAGCUCCAUCUCAUUUACUGCAGUGAAUGCUAUGUGUACAUUCAUCGCUCAAACUUAAAGAUGGGUGGUUGCCAAGCCCACGGAAGAAAGGUAUAUCCAUCAGAAAAAUGAGACACACACCACCAACAGACCAGGACCAAAACUAUCGUUCGAUGGUUUUCAUGGAAGAACAGCAUCCUAGACGUGGCAAAGCUACAGCAAGCAGAUGUCGUCUUUGUUUUACUUUCAAUGAAGUAUAAACUGAUGUUAUCCUAGACCAAAACUAUCGUUCGAUGAUUGUCAAUGAAGUAUAACCGGCAGUUGACAUAUUACA